AUGAGUGUCAGUCCUAAGUCGGACCCUUGUAAGGUCAGGCGGCUCUUAAGGUCUCAGAUGUAAAGGGCGCUGGAGUCUGCACACUGGGAUUACUGCACUGAAGCAAUCGCAUCCAAAACAACAGAAACAUCAGGUUCCAUGCUACAUUGUCGAAGAGUUUGUAUCCCACUCAUUGACCAAGUACGAUGAUCCAAGAAAGACAUUUCAUUUCAAUAAAUGCUGGUCUACUGACGUGAGCAGAAGGGGGCUCUCUGCUUUGAAGACUGAACUCCGAGAGUGAUUCAACAUAUGCCACAUACAUGAAAAAAUAAACACUGAAAAGCAGAUGGUGUAGCCAGGAAGGCGCCUGCUAAAUUUCCAAACGCCUUAGAAGUCUAACCCCACACCCUGUGUGAAGAGAUGGUCGGGUUUGCUCCCACCGAUGCUACGCCCUCAGCAGCUGUGAAAUUCUUUGGGGCAGGAUUGGCGGGCUGCAUUGCCGAUCUGGUCACUUACCCUUUAGACACAGCCAAAGUGAGACUACAGAUACAAGGGGAAUCUAAAGGACCAAUGGGCAACAAAAUGUUUCAGUACAGAGGGGUAUUUGGAACCAUCACCACUAUGGUGAAAGAUGAAGGGCCAAGGAGUCUGUAUAACGGUCUGGUGGCCGGCCUUCAUCGUCAGAUGAGCUUUUCAUCAGUUCGGAUUGGGUUGUAUGAUUCCAUGAAACAGUUCUACAGCCAAGGGUCUGAUAAUAUCACCAUUACUACUCGAUUGCUUGCAGGCUGUACCACUGGUGCAAUGGCAGUCACUGUGGCUCAGCCUACAGAUGUCGUCAAAGUUCGAUUUCAGGCUCAGGCAAGAAGUGGCAACAGUAUCAAGCGAUACAGUGGAACAAUGUCUGCUUAUAAGACAAUAGCUCGGGAUGAAGGAAUCCGUGGGCUUUGGAAAGGAACCAUUCCUAAUAUUACCCGAAAUGCCAUUGUGAACUGUGCUGAACUGGUCACCUAUGAUGUCAUCAAAGAACUCAUCCUGAAGAAUGAACUUAUGACUGAUAACCUUCCCUGCCACUUCACAUCUGCCUUUGCAGCUGGCUUCUGUACCACCAUAUGUGCUUCCCCUGUGGAUGUAGUGAAAACAAGAUUUAUGAACUCGACUCCUGGACAGUAUAGCAGUGCCUUGGGGUGCGCUUUCACCAUGUUGACAAAUGAGGGGCCCACUGCUUUCUACAAGGGGUUUAUGCCUUCCUUUCUUCGACUGGGAUCCUGGAACAUUGUGAUGUUUGUGUCUUACGAGCAAAUCAAGAGAGGGCUGAUGAGAGCACAACAGUCCUGGGAGUCACCAUUUUGAGGCUGAUUAUGUGCAGGGGGCUGAACUAAAAAUGGACAAAAUCAGAAAGCCAAAGCACUUUUGAACUAUUUAAAUUUGUAAUGGUGUUCAUCAAAUCUUUUGAUAUGGUGUUUCUACUGUUAAAGAUCCCUGCAGGUUUUUUUUUUUUUUUUUUUAUCGCUGGGCGAUUGGGCUCAUUAGGUGGUACAAGAUUUUUUAUUUAUUAAAUUUGUAAAUAUUUUGUAUGUUAAGUAAAUGACUUAAAUUUUCAUGAAUGAAUGUUUAAUCAAAUGAUUCAAAUGUUUCUACUAAAACAAAAAUGUAGUUGUUUUUUAAUCAUUAAGUCCUUAUUUUAACAAACAGAAAUAGCACAUACCUUGUUUAUCAUCUCAAGAACUUUACAUUUACACAGUUCUCAUAGUGAUGCACAUAUGGGUAGUGACCUACUUAGAUCUUAGAGCAAAUCACUGGUGGAGUAUGAACUAGAAAGCAUGUGACCUUUAUUUCAAAUUCUUAGCUGUAUUUAAAUUCGGUUCAAUUAAACUCAGUUAGUUUUUUCUAUUCCUAGGCUCUCUGUUAAGGCUUUUUUAUUCAUUAGAUAUACUGUUUCAAGAAAAUGGAAGCAGUAUCCAGGAAGCUAGGCAGGGUUUUUGAGAAAUAUGAUUAAAAUGUUUAUUACAGACAGAAUCCUGUCCACUAAGUUACCGUUUAGCCUCACACAUUAGGCAUUCCCAACAUGAUAGGACACAAACAGAUCCUUUUGAUUCAACACCUCAAAACAUUACAUAACUCUUUCACUACAAACAUAGCUUUAAUAGAGUUUGUAACAGGAGUGGGUGCCCUAAUGAUAUCUCACUACAAUUUGAAUAAUGCCAAGGAGGCCACUACAAUAUAAAGUAGAGUGUUUAUUGUCAAAAAACUCAAUGGAAUGAUAAGCAAAGUGAAAACACAAAGUCCAAAGUAAAAUAGAACAUAAAAUUACUCUGAUCAACAAGUAUUAAUCAUCUCCUCUGUGUGGUGGUACCUCCAAAGAACCACAAAUGCAUUAAUUUCUCCUCUUCUGGCCAGUCUUGCUCAUAAUGGAGAGCUUCUGUCCAAACUCCCCUGUUAGCUCAAAAUACCUAUGGUUCAAGACUUCUAAAAACACUGCAAGAUCUGCCCAAGACCAACAACCACUUUUGGGGCUCAGGAAGUUCUGCAAAAUAUCUAGGCCAACAAGUCAGGAUACUCUUCAAGGUACAGUCAGUUUCUAGAAUAUCAGUCUGGUACGACAACAUGGUGCAUGUACCCUGGGACCCUGUUCUACUACUAAAGGGCUGCAUAGUUAGUGUUAUGAUCUAAGCUGUAAGCUGAGAUGAGGCAAAAAAGAUUAAGGAGUCAAAAAAGGCCUCAGG